ACUGCCUCAGGUGAGGCCUCACCUGGGCGCUGCUGCUGCUUCUGGGGUUAAAUCAUGGAGCUGGCAUACGUGUGCGAGUGGGAGAAACGUCCAAAGAGUACUCACUGUCCUUCCAUCCCACUGGUCUGCUCCUGGUCCUGCAGGAACCUGGUGGCAUUCACCACAGACCUGAAGAACGAGGACGACGACAAAGAUGUAAGUCACAUGAUCCACAUCAUCGACACUGAGCACCCGUGGGACGUCUUCUCCAUCAACUCUGGACACACUGAGGUCAUUUCCUGUCUGGAGUGGGACCAGUCAGGUUCUCGGCUGCUGUCGGCUGAUGGUGACGGUCAGAUCAAGUGCUGGUCCAUGUCGGAUCACCUGGUGAACAGCUGGGAGAGUGUGCUGUCCAGCUCUGUAGAAGGAGAUCCCAUCGUCGCUUUGAGCUGGCUGCACAAUGGCGUCAAACUAGCGUUACACGUGGAGAUGUCCGGCUCAACAAACUUCGGAGAGAAGUUCUCGCGGGUAAAGUUCUCUCCAUCUCUGAUUCUGUUUGGCGGGAAACCGAUGGAGGGCUGGUUGGCGGUGACGGUGAGCGGUCUGGUCAGUGUCUCGCUCCUGAAGCCAGGUGGUGCUCUGCUGACAGCCAGUGAGAGUCUCUGCCGCCUGAGAGGACGCGUGGCGUUAGCCGACAUCGCCUUCACCGGAGGAGGGAACAUUGUGGUGGCAGCCACCGAUGGGAGUAGCUCCUCCCCCAUCCAGUUCUACAAGGUGGUCGUGAGUGUAGUAAGUGAAAAGUGUCGCAUCGACACCGAACUGCUGCCCUCGCUGUUUCUGCGGUGCACCACCGACCCGAUCCGGAGAGACAAGUACCCUGCUGUCACCCACCUGAAGUUUCUGACCCGUGAAAACUCUGAGCAGGUGCUCCUGUGUGCGUCCAAUCAGAGCGGCAGCAUCGUGGAGUGCUGGUCUCUGAGGAAGGAGGGACUUCCUGUCAACAACAUCUUCCAGCAUCGGUCACCUGUCGUCGGGGAGAAGCAGCCGACCAUCCUGAAGUGGAGGAUCCUGACGACGACCAGCGAUUUGGAGCGAGUUUCUGCGCUCGCUCUGCCCAAACUGCCCAUCUCCAUCUCCAACACGGACCUGAAGGUGGCAUCAGACACCAAGUUCUGUCCCGGACUCGGUCUUGCUCUGGCCUUUCAUGACGGCAGCAUUCAGAUCCUGCACCGCCUCUCCCUUCACACCAUGGGGGUUUUCCACGGCUCCGCCUCCUCCACUCAGCGGCCUGGAGACGAGGCCAGCGUCAAACGCCAGCGGACCGCAGGCCCCGCCCUUCACUUCAAGGCCCUGCAGUUCUCCUGGACCUCACUGGCUCUCGCUGGAGUUGACAACCAUGGCAAGCUGCACAUGCUGCGGGUGUCGCCCUCCAUGGGUCAGGUUCUGGACAUGAACACGACGCUGCGCCACCUGCUGUUCCUGCUGGAGUACUGCAUGGUGACCGGCUACGACUGGUGGGACGUGCUGCUGCACGUGCAGCCCGGCAUGGUGCACAACCUGGUGGAGAAGCUGCACGAAGAGUACAUGAGGCAGAACCAGGCGCUGCAGCAGGUUCUGGCGACUCGGAUCGUAGCCGUCAAGGCGUCUCUUUGUAAGCUCUCCACGGCGACGGCGGCGCGAGCGUGCGACUUCCACGCCAAGCUGCUCCUGAUCUCCAUCAGCUCCACCUUAAAGUCUCUGCUCCGGCCGCACGUCCUCCACACGCCUGACAAGAGUCCAGGCGACCGGCUGAUGGAGAUCUGCGCCAAGAACACCGACACAGAUAUUGAUAAGGUGAUGCUCAACUUGAAGACGGAGGAGUUCGUGCUGGACGGACCCCUCCUGCAGUCCCUGCAGCAGCUCAUCCAGUGGGUCGGAGAAUUUGUGCUCUACCUGCUGGCCAACCUGCCCAACCAGGUGAGCGGAUCCCUGGUCCGGCCCGGUUUUGGGUUUAUGAGAGAUGGGGCGUCUUUGGGGAUGCUGAGGGAGAUGCUGGUGAUGAUCAGAAUCUGGGGCCUGCUGAAGCCCGGCUGCCUCCCCACCUUCACGGCCACGUCGGACACCCAGGACAGCAUGCAGCUGCUGUUCCGGCUGCUCACCAAGCUGUGGCUCUGCUCGCGGGAUGACGCCCCCCCCCAGGAUCCUGAUGAGAGCCUGAUAGACGAGUGCUGCCUCCUGCCCAGCCAGCUGCUGGUUCCCAGUAUAGACUGGCUCCCAGUAAACGAUGGCGUGAUGGUGAAGCUGCAGGGGAAACACCCGCUCAGGCUGCAGUUUGGAAAAGCUUCAUCAUUAACAGGAGCAGGAGGCUCCGCCCCCCUGGAGGUGCUCAAUAGGAGUCCUGGAGCUCAGAGGAUGGACAACCUGCGCUGCGUUCACAUGGGGGUCAGUCCUACGGAGGAAAGUAAAGCCUGCACCAGGUGUGGCUGUGUGACCAUGCUUCGUUCUCCCAAUCAGACCAACGCCAUGAAGCAGUGGGAGCAGCGCUGGAUCAAGAACUGUCUGUGUGGAGGUCUGUGGAGGAGGAUCCCCCCCACCUUCACCUGAGCCCACCUGAGCCGGCCCAAGAAACCUGCAGCUUCUUUGUCCAGAACCAGAACAGCUGGUCUGCAGUGACGUUUCUUUCUGUAAAUAAAAUCCAUUUUGUAAUAAAA